GCUCUGGUGUCCCCGCGCGCCGCUCGCACUUCGCGCACUCUCGCUCUCGUUCUUCAGUACUACCGUUCGUUCAAGUCCCCAGACCUGCAUUAGAAACUUGUUCCAUGUGCGAAAACACUACCUUACGGGCAUAGUCAGUGGUUUUGUGAUACAAGGGGAUAGAAUGGUGAUCCCCACGAUUUUGGGGGUUCUGCUAUCCGCCGUCUUGCUCCAAACUGCAGGAGCGGACUGUCCAGGGGAGAGCCCCACCAAACAUCUAGUCUGCUACGUGGACGCUAUUCCUGAUGACUUCGACCCUUGUCUCUGCACCCAUCUUGUGAUCAACACCCCCUUGGACAAACUAUCGCCCCAACAUGAUGUGGUGGUGGCCGCCAGUCGCCUCCAGAGCCACAACCCCUCGCUGCGGUUGGUUGCGAGGCUCUCAGAGGGUGCCGAGGUGGCUCUCAAGCGUCGUGGGGCCCUCGCCCGCACCGUGGCUGGCGUCGUCCACAAGCUGGGCUGGGACGGUGUGGAGUUGGACUUACAGUGGGGCAAGGAGGUGGCCGCCAAGGUGCAGCUAGUCGACUUCGUUCAGACUCUUUCGAAAGAGCUGGCUCAAGAAGACACCAAGGAACGUACGAAGCGGUCUUACAAGAUACACGAGGAGAUACCUGACGAUGUAGUCACUCCCAGAUGGACUCUGAGAUCCAAUAGCAGAACGAACAAGAGGAAAACUCGUGAUGUAGAAGAUAAACCUACAUCUACCACAGAAGAGGUAGAAGUGACCACUGACAAAGAGGAAGAGAAAGACGAAGAGAAAGAAGCUGAUAAAAAAGAAAAUGAAGACACCACCUCACGUCAACCAUCGGAACAAGAGAUUGAAGAAGAAGAAUCUGAAGACAAUGGAAAACUAAUAAUUCUUCAUUUGACGUCACAGCCACAGCAUCUUGCGAAGAACUUUGAUCUUAAGAGACUUUCUAAAUAUGUCUCAUUCUACACCUUGGCAAGUGACAAUUUGACUGACUCUUCUGAGAAUGGUCUUGCCUACCACCCCAGCAGAUUGAUGGGAAUUGAGGAUAUACUGAAUGUGGACUCUCUGAUAGACCUGGUGACUGGUCUAGGAGCUCCUCACGAGAAGUUGGUGUUGACUCUGCCAGCGACCGCCCUCAAGUUCACUCUUCAGGACAAGGAGAAGAACAUGGCACAGUCCCCCGUCACAGGACCCCCGACCACGAUCUCCAGGGCUGAGCUCUGCAAGUUAAUGUCUGAAGGCGAAUGGACGGUAGAGCGAGAUGAAGACUUGACCGCGCCUUACGCCUUCCACGACAACACCUGGCUAGCUUUCGAUGAUCCGACCAGCGUCUCCAUCAAGGGUAAAUACGUAAUCCUGAGGGACCUGGGUGGAGCCGCUGUCUCAGCAGCUGAUCAGGAAGAUUGGAGCAGAAAAUGCAACACCUCAGUACGCGCGUCAGUGCUGACAACAUUACACGACACAUUUACCCACAUUGCCCGCAAGUCUCGUGCCGCUCAAUUGGUAGACCUGCAAGAACAACUGCACAGCGCUGGACAGUUUUCUUACUCCGGCGACAUCCAUCUUAGUCCCUACCGUAUCGUGCGAGUGGUGGACAGAGCCGGUGCCAUCCAUGUUGUAAGGAAAGAAGCCAAGACUGAGUUUGAAUGUUCCAGACAAGGUUACUUCAGACACCCUAGUGGAUGUAACAGAUUCUACCGUUGUGUCAAGUUCAACCAGUACAGCCCGGACUUCACAGUGUUUGAGUACGAUUGUCCAGCUGGUCUGGCGUUUGACGAGACAGUGGAGGUUUGCGUGUGGCCAGGGUCUUUGGCUGACGGAGGCGCUUGUCAAGGUUCCAGUGAGAUUGCCCCAGUGCCACGUCAGAGGUACGUCUGCCCCACGACCCCCGGCUACUACGCCGACCCUGAGAACUGCAGAUGGUUCUUCGCCUGUCUCGACCAUCACGGCGACGGGUCUCCCCUCACCGCCUACGAGUUCCGUUGUCCCUUCGGCCUUGUGUUUGACGAACAGUCCCUUGUGUGUAAUUGGCCCUGGCUGGUCCCUGGAUGUGGAGGCUCUGGAGUUUACAGUGCUAGAUUCACUGUUGGAGAUUUCUUUGAGGGCAGACAUCGUCCCAGCUACGCGUCCGUUUCUGACUACCACGUUUCUGGAGGCAGGAUAGAAAACGUAGCUGGAGGAGUGGUCCUGGGUUCGGCUCUCACUGGAAUCGGCUCUGGAGCGUAUCUGGCGUCUGGAAGCAACGUUCUAGGGGCAGGAAGUGCAGGAGCCUACGAUGGUACCAGUGGAGCAGAAGGUCUGGGUUUGGGAGUGUACAGUGGUGCCACCGCGGGUAGUCUCGCCAGUGGAUCUUACCAGAGCAACUCUGUCAGCGGAGCAGGAAAGACAGGAUACUCCGGAUCAGGCUACUUGGCCAAUGGAGCUGGCUCAGCAUAUUCUGGAGGAGCAGGAUACGCCGGGGCUGGAGCUGCUGGUGGAUUUGGGUCAAGCAGUGGAUACUCUUCGGGUGGAAGUAGCUAUAGUGAGAGUGGAGUUGAUUCUGGAGCCUAUGUUGCUCAGGUUGGCUCUGGCAAUGGAAAUGCUGGAGGUUAUUCAGCUGGCUCUGCAUAUAAAGGAAGUGGGAAAUACUCUGCGAGCUAUUCUGGUGCCACCGGUGGUAUUGGAAAUGCUAACUCUAUAGGAGCAGGUACUUAUUCUGCAGGUGCAGGAGCCUAUUCUGCAGGAGAAGGAGCUUAUUCCGCAGGAGCAGGAGCUUAUUCCGCAGGAGCAGGAGCUUAUUCCGCAGGAGCAGGAGCUUAUUCCGCAGGAGCAGGAGCUUAUUCUGGAGGAACUGGUUCUUCCUCGACAAGAUAUGGAGCAAGUGCUUACGGAGGAGUUUAUGGAGGUGGGUCGUACUAUGACCAGUCUGGAGCUUACGUUGAAGACAAUUCUGGAUCCUACAUUCAUGACAACUCUGGAGACUACAUCCACGACGGAGCUGGUGACAACGGAGGGCUCUAUGCAGGAAAGGAGUCCUAUGGAGGACAAUACAGUGGAGGAUAUGUGGCCGGAGGAGCUUACGUUCCAGGAGUCUAUGACAACGGAGCUUACAAAGGAUCCUACUCCUCAGGAGGCCAGUACAAGGGAAGCUACGUCGGUGGUGGAGAGUAUUCAGGGUCUUAUGACACAGGAGCGUACAAACACGAGGGUUCUAGUGGAGGCAAGUACAAGGGAGAGUAUGACAGUGGAUCAUACUCUGGGAAAUAUGACACUAGUGGAUACUCUGGUAAGUACGAUGCAGGUUCAUAUUCCGGAAAAUAUGACGGUGGAGCAUACUCUGGAAAGUAUGACACGAGUGGAUACUCUGGAAAGUAUGACACGAGUGGAUACUCUGGAAAGUACGAUGCUGGUUCAUACUCUGGAAAGUAUGAUGGUGGAGACUACGCUGGUAAAUAUGACUCUGGAAAAUAUGACGGUGGAGCCGACUCUGGAAAGUAUGAAGGAGGUGCCUACUCUGGAAAGUAUGAUGGUGGUGCCUACUCUGGAAAAUACGAUGGAGGAUCUUACAAAGGAAGUUCGGACUCUCAGGACUAUUCUGGAGGAUUCUACAACUCUGGUGGCUCUACUUCUUAUCAAGGAGGGUAUAAGGUCCAUUCCACGCCUGGUGUAGUAGUAACGGGAGGAGAAGGUCAUGAGUACAACAGUCUAAACAUCGCUGAGCACAAGCCUGCUGCUGGAUUGGUCGGACUAGAUGCUGUCAAGGUAACGGGAGGAGAUAUCCACUCUGGUGGAUACAUCAGUAGCUAUGUCACUCCAGCGCCUGUCCCUGCUGUAUCAGUGACUCCAAUCUCUCCUGUCGUGUCUUCUUACUCGACAGUCACCCCAGCGCCCAUAUCGGUUUCUACCUACAAGUUUUCAACAGUUCAGCCUACAACACCUCGACCAGUCACAUACUACCCUGUCCCGUCAAGCCCUGUUACUCCAGUCCCUACAAAGACAUUGUUGUCUUACUCUACAGUGAAGCCUCCAGCGUAUGUAUCAAGUUAUGAACAACCUUCAUAUGUAAAGACAGUUACACCUGCUCCUGCAGUUGUAUCUUACCCUGCCCCAACAAUCGGAGUAGCGAAAGCACCACUUGUUCCUUUGAACCCAGUUUCGUACACCUACAAACAGCCAGUUGUGAAGAGUGAGUACGUGUCUACAGGGUUCCAGUACAAGGCUCCAGCAGUCGGUGUCUCAUACGAACAACCCUCUUACAUCAAACCUGUUACGCCAGUACCUUAUUACCAACAGGAAUUCGUUGACUACGGCUACAAGAAACCUAUUCCACCUGCCUACUUGCCACCUCUUCCUUCUUACAGUUACGAGUACAAACCCCCAACAUCGUAUGUAAAACCUGUAGAAGUGAAGUACUCGUAUCCCAAACCUGCAGUUUUGAAGACUCCAAUCGUUCCUUUGAACCCUAUCCAAUACUCUACUCCUUCGCCUAUUGGCUACUCGGUUGCCCCUCUUAAACCCAUUUCUUACGCUAGUCCUGCCCCCGUCGCUUACCCAAGUUACCCUACCCCAGCUCCUGUUUCCUACACUGGUCCUAAAUACUUGCCUCCUGUUCCUGUUGAACCAGUCAAACCUAUCACUUACACAACUCCAGCUCCUGCUGUAUCCUUUGGAUACUCUGCUCCUGCUGUCAAAUAUACACCUACUGUUCUAAAAACCCCAGUAGUCCCUCUUAACCCUGUUCAGUAUUCAACCCCCGCUCCUGUUCAUUUUGAAUACUCUACCCCAGCUCCAGUCAAAACCUACUCCUACUCAACUCCUUCUACUCCAGUAAGCAAUACACCUGCUCCAGUGAAACCCCUAAAGCCAAUUACCUAUACCACACCAGCGCCACCAGUUAGCUAUGAAUAUUCCACACCAAGACCUCAACCUGUUAGACCUUUGAAGCCUAUUACCUAUGCUUCUCCAGCACCUUUUGUGGAGUACAAUGUUCCUACAGUGCUCAAAACACCCGUUGUUCCUUUGAACCCCGUCCAGUACACAACGCCGGCCCCUGUUCACUUCGAGUAUUCCACCCCAGCGCCUAAACCAGUAACGUAUGUGAGACCGGCUACGUACAGCACUCCUGCUCCUGCAGUAAGCUAUGGGUAUUCAACUCCAGCACCCAUCCAGCCAGUCAGGCCUGUCGUGUAUUCCACACCAGCACCUGCUGUAAGCUAUGAGUACUCAGCUCCUGUUGUAAAGCCUGUCGUGCCCUAUGUUGCUAAAACACCAGCAGUCCCUCUUAACCCAAUUCAAUACACAACACCAGCACCUCAAUACGAGUUCAAAUACUCAACUCCAGCACCAAUUGAGCCCGUCAGCUACGUGAAGCCUUUGAAACCAGUAGCACCAGCUAUUUCAUACUAUUCUACACCAGCUCCUCCACCAGUGAAGCCUGAUGUAACUUACUACUCGGCGCCUUCACCACCCCCUGUCAAACCUGUGAGCUACGGCUACUCUGCAAUUCCAGUUCAACCUGCAAUCUACGCAAAGCCAUUGAAACCAGUUACAUACUCAACACCAGCUCCGGCUGUCAACUAUGAAUAUUCACGACCAACUGUAACUCCAACAGUGUUUAAAACACCAGUGGUCCCGUUGAACCCUAUUCAAUAUACGACACCAGCUCCCAUCCACUUCCAGUACUCCACUCCAGCGCCAGUACCAGUAAAGCCUGUUACUUACACAGUCCCUCAAGUAAAUUACCAAUACGUUCCACAAGCUCCAGUGCAGCCAUUGAAACCAAUCUACUCUCCGCCUAAAUAUCUGCCUCCAGCGCCCAUUGAACCAUUGAAACCUCUGAAGCCAAUAACAUACACAACACCCGCCCCGGCUGUCUCCUAUGAGUACUCGUACCCAGCUGUGAAGCCUGUAGUGCCAACAGUUCUCAAAACACCUGUUGUACCGCUUAACCCAGUCCAGUAUACGACUCCUGCUCCUGUAUACUUUGAACAUUCUACUCCCGCUCCUCUGAAGCCUAUCGUUUAUUCAACACCAGCUCCUGCAGUGAGCUAUGAAUAUGUACCUCCCGCUCCGGUAAAACCAUUGAGGCCUAUCGUAUAUUCUACUCCUGCACCACCGGUAAGCUAUGAGUAUUUGCCCCCUGCACCUGUGCAGCCAGUUAAACCGAUCACUUUGUCAUCCCCAGCUCCUUUCUCUUACAACUACAAGUAUCAGCCAGUUAAGCAGGUUCCAGCCGUGCUUAAGACACCGGUGGUACCUUUGAACCCCAUUCAGUACACUACCCCUGCACCUGCAAUUGUUCAGUACUCAACUCCUGCACCAACAGUUAGCUACGUCAAACCAUUGAAGCCCAUUGUUUACUCGACUCCUGCUCCUCCGACAGUGAGCUACGAGUAUUCAACUCCUGCUUCACCAGCAGUUUCCUACGGUUACAAAUCAACUGCAUACGUCAAACAGGUCCCCACAGUCUUGAAGACUCCAGUUGUACCUUUGAACCCUGUUCAAUAUAGUACACCUGCACCGGGUGUGAACCAGUACCGAUUUGGUGUUGCUUAUGAGACUCCAGAAAUUCAAUAUCAGCCUGAAGUUGCUUAUAAGCAAGAAUACGUGAAAACUAAGGUUGUAAAGGAAGGAUAUGACUACCCUAAACCAUCAGUAAGGUUUGAGGAGGCACCUAAGUUUGUCAGCACUACUCCUGCCCCAACUGUCUCGUAUGAAACUCCAGAGACAACUCCUGUCUACAAGCAGAUUUACAAUUAUGUGAAAACUCCUGUAGUCAAUGCGUACGAUAAAGUUUUGAGCGCCAUCAGCUACAGUACCACACCCGCUCCACUGCCUGUUCAACCCGUCACACAGUCCCCGGUCUCCUACGCGCCUGUAAAUGUAGGUCCGUCUUACAGUCGACCUGCUCUAGUCAAAACUCCGUCAAUCCCCGUGACUCCAGUAACCGUUGUUCCUGAAUAUCAGAAAGUCCUGAAUGUUGUUAAAGCCUCCACGACACCAUCCCCACUUUAUGUUAACCACUACGCGAGCACAUACGAACCCGAAAUCAUACCUGUGACCACACCGAAACCGGUGGUAUACAAGAAAAAACCAGUUGUUGUUCAGAAUACAUACGUUAAAGAUUACUCAUAUGAAGAGAAUAUCGAAGACAUAUAUGACGCAGUGAGGAGUGACUUUGGAACUAAACUAGCCGGUGGCUACGAACAAGGGUAUGUCUAUAACCAACAAAAGGUGGAGGUCCCUGAAAUUAAAGUAUAUACAUCAACAACUCCAGCUGCUGUUCCUGUGAUAAAAGAAACUUACAGAGUGAGAAAACCUGUCAAGACUGUCGUUAAGACUUACGAACAGCCUGCUGUAGCAGUGGGAUAUGAAAGUGGCAGUUAUGAAGGAGGUUCCUCAUACUCCACCACUGGAGCGCCAGUCGUGGUCAGCUCUUCUGAAGCCGUAUUCGGAGAGCAAUACCACAAAGAAACGUCAUUCUCCGGAUACACAGGAGUCGAGGGAGAUUCAAUUAAGUACGAAGAGCUUGACCAAGCCAUCCCAGCUGUACCUGUUUACACGUCCACAGUCAAACCUGUCACUAGAGUCACUGUUCCAGCAGUCACCGUAACACGACCUGAAGGAGGAUACUACGUAAGGAAACAGAAGGUCCGCGUCAGGCCUGUAGUCAGAACUGAGAACUACCCUGAGGUAUACUCCUCUACAUACACUCCAUCAACGGUGUCCACGACUACCUUCGCCCCUACCUACUCAUACUCCACAACACCUGCAACUGUUGUCAAAUCAUCAACCACUGUCCAUCCUGAUGACGUGGUUGACGUGGACGGAGAAGAAGAAGAGGUAAAGAUCUUGGAAGGAUUUGACGGACAGUACGGUGGAGUUGUCAAGACAGGAUACGUGUCAAGCACAGUAGCCAGCAUCGAAGACGGUGAAGCUGUCGUGGGCAUUUUGAAGAAGGGUAAGAUCACAUACGACGGAAGAAGAACAAAAACUAAGGUUGUCGUUGUUUCAAAACUCAGUGACUUCAACCCUCUCCUGGUUGGAAAGCUGGGCGCUGAAUGUAGCUGUGAUGGAAGAUCUAACACAGUGACUGUAAGAAGACACAAACAAAGAGGAUCAAACAAACUCUUCACUCCUUCAAAGGAUUCCACAAUCCCUGACCAGCAGUACUUGGAUAGCUACCAAACUAGUACAACUACAGCAGCUCCAGUCGUCGUCAAAUCUGAUGAAUCUUACAAAUCUUAUGAGUCGUCCUCAUACAACUCACCAGUUGUUGAGAUCAAACCAAUCAGGAAGAAGACUAGAGUUUACUCUACCACCACAUUGGCUCCUGAAUACUCGGAAGACGUUUCAGAAGUCAACUACGUCGCUGAAGCUGGAACUGAAAGAGUCAAGGACAGAAUCGAAUGUAAGAGAGCUGGACUUUUCCGACACCCGAAGAAAUGCAACAAGUUCUACUCUUGUGAUUGGGAUCAGUGGAAGAAGAAGUUUACGGUCAACGAAUUCAAAUGUCCCAUUCAUCUUGCUUACGAUGCUAACCUGGGAGCUUGCAACUGGCCAUCAAAGGGACCUGCUUGUGCCGAAGACAACCUUCUAGUAUAGGCUGUUGAAGUGGACUAACAAAAUCUACUGCCAUAUUCAUCAUUUAUCAAACUAAACAAGCCAUAAUAAUUUAAAUCAAAUUGUAUUCUACAUGUGAAAAGAUACACCCAAAUGAUCAAAGUAGUAUAGGUUAUAAGGAGAAAUACGGUUAAGUCUACUGUUAGUAGUCAUUAUAUGACAAGUAAAUUUACUUUUUCUGAGCUCUCUCUAUCUUUUUGUGAUCAAAAUGCAAUGGUUACCAUUAGACUUCCUUAUUUCGAAGUGCCAUUUAAUAAGUAGACAAACACUGUACCUGUAAAAUUUCGAUUUGGAAACAUUCUUUGAGAAAAGUCUAAUAGGUUCUCUCUUUUCAUUGUUUGAAGUGGUGUAUAUUUAACUACUCUUUGAUAUACUGCCAUUGCGUUGCCAUUUAUUAUAUGUUUGUAUAUAUUUAUUGAUUUCCCUUUAUAGUCUCACCUGUUCUCUAAGCUACAAUUUUAAUGAAACCGGUUUUAUAUUUUUUGUAUUAUAUUAAUUUUAAGAGUGUGUGUGUUUUAGUAUAUUAUUUUAGAGAAUAAAUGUUUAUUGUGAUUCAA